AUGCUAUCUCUCCUUCUGGUGGCACUGACCACCUUGCUAUCGACGGCGUUGGCCGGUCAAGACUUCCGUGGCCAGAUUCAACCCAACGCCGAGCUGGGCCACUUGCUCAACCUUGGACCCAAUACACGCGUCCUCCUACACGCCAUCCCGCCCGAGUCCCCAAAUGUAGCCGCUGAUGACGCCGGAUCAGCCUCUACAGACAACAAAGAAUCGUCUGACCUCGCAACUUUUGGUCAGCGACGGGAUCGUUCCACACUCGUCGCCGUAGACGGCAGCUUCAUCUUCCGCGAUCUGGCACAGGGCGCCUACACGCUCGAGAUUGUCUCACGGACGCAUAGCUUCGAGCAAUACCGCAUCGAUAUCCUCGAUCCGGCGCUUGGCAAAGCACCUCAGAUCCGCAUCUUUACACCUGGCACAUCACUCGUCUCGAUCCUAUCGGCGAAUCCGAUCUUCCACCCGCUUAUUCUCCACUCCACCAAGCGUAUCGACUACUUUACCGAGGCAGCGCCUCUGACCAUCGGCUCGCUUAUCGGCAUGGGCGGGCCCAUGAUGAUCCUCGGUCUCGUUGGCAUGGGUAUGGUGUUCCUCAUGCCAAAGCUCACCGCCACGCUCGAUCCAGAUGCACAGAAGGAGCUGGCCGAGUCGCAGAAGCGCAUACAGAAACGCUUCGCCGCCGUCCAGUCAGGCGACGUGUCGAGCCUAUUGUCUAACGACGAUCAAGCCAAGAAGAACCAGGAACGAGGAAAAGCCGCAAGAUAG